GGGAUGGAGUGGGGCCCCAGGAGCACGUCCGUUUGAGAGGCUGCGCGGGCCAUCCAACUGCCUCUCCGAGGCUGGCCCUGGCCUUGCUCUGCCCUGCCUUGCCCUUAAACGACUGACUGCUUAGGCUGGGGGGCGUGGCGUGUUCAGCUGUGCUCUGGCUCGUGAAAUGUCCUUGGCAACUUGUUGUAUAAUUUGUUGCAGAAGGAUAGGAACCUCUACAACCCCUCCAAAAAGUGAUCUGUCCUGGAAAGAUAUCCGAAAUAUUAUAAAAUUUACUGGACCACUUAUUCUAGGAGGUUCUUUAUUUAUUACAUAUGAAGUUCUGGCCUUGAAGAAGUCUAUGACACUAGAUACCCAAGUAGUUGAAAAGGAAAAAUUGAAAUCAUAUAUAUAUUUAGAUGCUGUUUCUUUGGAUAAAAGAGAAAAUCAAGGUGUCACAUACCAGGCAAGAAAGGAGCUCCACAAAGCAUUAAGAAAAGUAUUGGCAACAUCAGCCAGAAUAUUCCGGAAUCCUUUUGAUGACCACUUCAGUACAUUUGAUUUAGAAGAUCAUGAAUAUGGCUUGUGGCUGUUGCUAAAGAAGAGCAAAUCAGAUGACAAAAUGGUUCGACUGCAAGCGGUGAAAGAAAUGGCUGCAAACCAUUACUGGCAUGAUUACCAGUAUAGGACACUUGCUCAAGCCUGUGAUGUGAGGACUAUCAUUGGUUUGGCCCGAAGCAAAGAAACAGAUCUUCGUUUUUUCCUACCACCACCUCAUUUGCCAGCAAUAAAAGAAGAUUACUCCAUUGAAGAGGAGCUUCGACAACUGCUGGCAUCUUUACCUCAGACUGAGAUAGACCAUUGUAUCCAAUAUUUCACAUCAUUGGCUCUGAGGGAAAGUAGUCAGUCCCUAGCUGCUCAGAAGGGUGGCUUAUGGUGUUUUGGAGGAAAUGGACUUCCUUAUGCUGAAAGUUUGGGCGAAGUUCCUUCGGCAACAGUAGAGAUGUUUUGUUUGCAGGCCUUAGUGAAACAUUCUGAGAUUGCCACACAUUGUGAUAAAAUUGAAGCAAAUGGAGGCCUGCAACUACUCCAGAGGAUAUACCAACUUCAUAAGGACUGCCCUAAAAUACAAAGAAGUAUAGUUCGUAUCAUUGGAAAUAUGGCAUUGCAUGAGCAUCUUCAUUCAGCCAUUGUCCAUUCAGGCUGGGUUUCCAUACUGGCUGAAGCAGCGAAAUCCCCACAUGUCAUUCAGGCUUCACAUGCUGCUAGAACCCUGGCUAAUCUGGACAGGGAAACUGUGCAAGAAAAGUACCAGGAUGGAGUGUAUGUGCUACAUCCACAGUAUCGCACUAGUCAGCCCAUUAAAGCAGAUGUCCUUUUUAUUCAUGGCCUUAUGGGAGCAGCCUUCAAAACCUGGCGUCAACAGGACUGUGAUAAGCUUGAAAUUGAAAAGGCCUCAGAUGAAGAAUGCUAUACACAGUGUUGGCCCAAGACAUGGUUAGCAAGAGAUUGUCCUGCUCUUCGAAUUAUAUCUGUGGAGUAUGACACCAACCUUAGUGACUGGAGAGCAAAGUGCCCUGUGGAAAGGAAGUCUAUUGCUUACAGAAGUCAUGAACUUCUUAGGAAGCUCAGAGCUGCUGGUGUUGGAGAUAGACCAAUGAUCUGGGUGUCACAUAGCAUGGGAGGCCUUCUUGUCAAAAAGAUGCUGGUGGAUGCUUCCAAGAAACCAGAGCUUAAUUCCCUAAUAAACAAUACCCGAGGAAUGAUUUUUUAUAGUGUACCUCAUCAUGGGUCCCGUCUGGCUGAAUAUUCUGUUAACAUCAGAUAUCUGCUGUUUCCUUCUGUUGAGGUCAAAGAACUCAGCAAGGAUUGUCCUGCACUUAAAGAACUCCACGAUGACUUCCUGACAUUCGCUAAGGACAAGAAUUUCCAGGUGUUGAAUUUUGUAGAAACACUACCGACCUCCAUAGGUAGCAUGAUUAAGUUACAUGUGGUGCCAGUAGAAUCAGCAGAUUUGGGCAUUGGAGAUCUAAUUCCAGUAGCAGUUAAUCAUCUGAAUAUUUGCAAGCCAAAGAAGAAGGACACCUUCUUGUACCAACGUACCUUACAGUUCAUUCGUGAAACAUUAGCCAAGGACCUUGAAAACUAACAGGUCUUUAUUCUUCUCUUCUGUUAUGUGGACAUGAUGCUGGGCAUUUUUUGAGAUCUGUGAAACUGACAAGACCCAGUAGAUAAGACACCAGGGCAGUCUGGAUUAUAUUGAAGACAGCAGGAUGCUACUCAGAAGUAUAUAAAAGGUAAAGCACAAGCAUAGGUGACAGUAAAGACUGAGUAGCUAGACUCUCUUCCAUUAAGGACAUUUUUCUGUGCAUCAGUUUAUAGUCCACACUUUUAGUUGGUGGCAUCUGAAAGGGAACUGAACUGUUUCUCAUUUCUGCUGUGACAGGCCCUCUGAUUCCCACUAGAAGAAACUUUAAUGGACUUGGCAAGGGAUUAAGUGCUAUCAUGCACUUCUUAACCAGAAAAAUCUGCCACUUGGUGAAUACUUGAAAUGGGGAACAACUACCACUGAGGACCAAAAUAGAUUAGAUAUUGAUUUUAGUCUGGGUCUCACAAAUACAGUAGACUUUUGACAACCAAUAAACUUCAUUUAGGCUGGCUGCAUUUCAAAGGUGGCUUUUUCACAUCUGAGUGACAGAACUGGUAUCACAGAUACAAAUGUAUUGUAUGCUUCUGUUGCUAAGGAGAAAUAAUUUUCUUGUGCAUCAGCUUAGGCUAACCUUCUAAAUAAUGUACUGUUCUGCUAUUAACAUUCUCAGAUAAGGAGUGAAGGUUGUUGAUUAAUCCAGUGUUUAUGUAUCAAAUAAACCUAUAUUUUAAAAAAACCCCAAAUCAUACUUGAGCAACACUUAAAACUACUCAGUGAUUAUUGUAUGAUACCUAGUUUGGAUUUGGCAGACAUUUCCUUUCACAAAAUAGGAAAUUCUUUUUAAAGGGUGGAGGAUAUAUAUGUAAGAAACCGUGAUUGUUGAUCUUACUGUUUAUCAAAGUAGAAAUUAGGCUAUCUGAAGGUGGAUUGAAAGGCAUAUUGUUGCAUCAUAUGUGACAGAUGGUUGAAAGUUCAGCAUAUUUAGUUACCCAGUUGUUUGGGAAAGAAUUAAGACUAGAGCUCACAAAGUAAACCUAUAGGUUUUUCUGGCCCAUAGCUCUUGUGACAGUGGGAUGUUUUAGUAUGGAAUAUUUCCUUUUUAUCUUGUUGACUAAUAACCCACAACUAAAACAUGUGAUUUCAAAAAGUACUUUUAAUUAACUUGAAAGAAUGGUAUGCAACUGUUACUGGAAAUCUUAAUGCAGUAGGUAUUCCUCUUAUUGAGAAUAAGGUCUGGGAAAGAUGUCCAGCUUUGCUUUGAACUUACUAUAAGUUUUCAGGCAAAUCACCUUCCCUAGAUAGGCAUACUGAAUGUUGAUAUCAAUAAACAUAUCAGAUGCUAUGUAGCACUUUAAAAUCUGCAACAUAUUUUAAAUGCACUGUUUUAUUUUGAGCAUCACAAUAGCUCUUUGAGGCCAAGAGUUGUACCUUGUGAAGGUGAAAUGACAGUGUCUAGCUGCCAUCGGCUUUUAAAAAAUGAGGUACAUAAAUGAUGCAAAUAGAUUUGAAUCAUUUCAGAAAACAGCCAUGUUAUUAAUAGCUUAAUUUCAUUAAUGGCUUGUUUUCAAUGCAACCUCUGGAAAAGACUAAUUUUACUUUUUCUCCUCUAAGUUAAUCACCCAAGGUUCCUGACCACAUUUUAACGUGGUUGUUUAAAUGAUUCUGAGGGUAGCCAUAAUCAUGAUCAUGUGUAGGGGCAUGCUAGGCAGUUGCCCGGUGCUAUAGGUUCUACUUUUGAAAAUAUGCUCCAGUGAGACAGAAAGCUGCUGUUUAUUAUUAGAGACCUUGACCCAUCUCUCUUCCCUUAAGAAACCACCAAGCACCUGCUUCACUGCACAUAUACCUUAUGUCGAGGCAGAGCUCAAGUUCUCCAUCCUUAGGUAUCCUGGGUGGGAGUCAGAGGGAAAGGUAGAGUAUCAUAGUCCCUGUCUGUUUUUGACACUCGAGCAGAUUGGCAGCCUCCCAGUUACACCCAAAAGGAGGGCUGAAGGUCUGUGUUUCUUUCUACCACAUGGAGAUAGACAGAAAUGACAGAUGCCAGCAUGUCUCAACUGGACAUAGAGCACAAUAAUACCACGAUGUUUACAAUGUCCGCCCCUUUGUGCUGUGUGCAUACCUCAUGGUGCCUCCCAAGUCCUUUGGAAAUUACUGGCGUUGGAGGCACAAACCCCGACUUCUCAUUUUUCUGUACUAUUGGUACAUCAGUGUAUACUUUUGUCAUUUUGUGUAAUAGCAAUUUUGUGCCUGUGGGAAAUGUCUUUAAUAAAAAUUUAAUUUAAAAGUACCUACAGAACUGAUUGAGUCCUU